CCUUCUUCGUCGCUCCGCUGUGACGUAGGCGCUGCGGCGCGCUGCGUGACGUGUCGGCGGGUGGAUUUGAAACGGCGGGGACGGCGCCGGCCGUAACGGUCGGGCUGUGGGGACGGGGCUCUCCGGAGCGCAGGCCUUCCCACCCAGGCGGCGGGGACAGGCCCGGGGCCGCGGCCGCGCCGCGCACCGGGGGAAAGCCGGGGCUUUGAAGAGGCCGGGCCCGGCGGCGAGUAUCGGCGUGUUGGCGUGUAAACGCGCCUGGAUUCUCUGUUUGCGUUUGGUACGGAUUAACCGCGCUGUUAAUGUUUUGAUUUACAGUUUAGUCACAAUGAGACGAAGCUCAAUUAUUGCCGGCAGCUCUGGUCGGCAGUCUGUGAUGGCACUGCGAGUGCAGGACAACAAGAUGGGUCUUCAAACACCUCAGAUGAAGGAGAGAGGUACGUUUGGGAAGCUAAACAUGAGCAAACCUACACCUGGAACUUCGGAAAGGAAAGUCAGCUUUUUUGGCAAGAGAACUAGUGGGGUUGGAGGCUCACGCAACAGUCAGUAUGGUGUGUUUGGUACAGAAAAGAUCAAGGAUCCCAGGCCACUUCAUGACAAGGCAUUCAUCCAACAGUGUAUCAAGCAGCUUUGCGAGUUUCUUGUUGAGAAUGGUUAUGCCCAUAAUGUUUCCAUGAAAUCACUACAGUCUCCAUCAGUUAAGGACUUUUUAAAAAUCUUCACUUUUGUCUAUGGAUUUCUUUGCCCUUCCUAUGAACUGCCUGACUCCAAAUUUGAAGAGGAAGUUCCCAAAGUUUUUAAAGAGCUUGGGUACCCCUUUGCUUUGUCAAAAAGCUCCAUGUACACAGUGGGAGCACCACAUACGUGGCCUCAGAUUGUGGCAGCUUUGGUGUGGUUAAUUGAUUGUGUCAAGUUGUAUGCUGCCAUGAGAGAAAAUGCACCAUCGUUUGAUGACGGACAGAACAAGGGAGGAGAGAUAGAUGAUGGAAUUGUACAUAAUAAGGUCUUCAUGGAUUACUGUGUGAAGUGCUAUGAGCAAUUCAUGAAAGGGGGAGAUACUUUUGAAGAACUAGAUGCAGAAGUGCAGUCAAAAUUGAAGGAUUUAUUUAAUAUAGAUGAAUUCCAGAUAGAAGGUUUAGCAGCUGACAACAAAAGGCUUCAUGAAGAGAUUGCAAGACUAGAAAAAGAAAAGGAAAAUGAGCCGGAUCGUAGAGUAUCACUACGAAAUGUGAAAGCAUCUCUUCAAGCAGAUGUCCAGAAAUACCAGGCUUAUUUGGCUAAUCUGGAAUCUCAUACAGCCAUCCUUGAUCAAAAAAUGGAAGGUGUUAAUGAGGAAGUUGAGACAGCGGAAAUGGAAGUAGAAGCAAUGAAGCAGGAGAAUGCCCGGCUCCAGCACAUCUUUGAUAACCAAAAGUACUCAGUUGCGGACAUUGAGAGAAUAAAUCAUGAGAGAAAUGAGUUGCAGCAAACCAUUAACAAGCUGACAAAGGAAGUGGAAGCAGAAGAACAUCAGCUGUGGAAUGAAGAGCUGAAAUAUGCUAGGAAUAAAGAGGCGAUUGAAAUGCAGCUGGCGGAGUACCAUAAACUGGCUCGAAAGCUGAAAUUAAUUCCAGUAAGUGCUGAGAAUUCCAAAGGCCACGACUUUGAGAUUCAGUUUAAUCCUGACGCAGGACCAAGUUGCCUAGUCAAAUACAGAACUCAGAUCAAGGGUCCCCUUAUGGAGAUCAUAAACCAGACUGAGGAAGAAAUUAGGAAAGCUACUCAACAGAAAAUGGCUUUGGAAGAUACUUUGGAACAGAUGAAUGUAAUGGUAGUGGACAAGAAAAGCAGUGUGAAAACGCUGAAAGAAGAAGCUGAAAAGCUGGAUGAUCUUUACCAUCAGAAGCUUAAGGAGGCAGAAGAGGAAGACCAAAAAUGUGCAAGUGAACUGGAAUUGUUAGAGAAGCAUAAACAAUUACUUGAGAGUGGUGUCAAUGAAGGUCUCAGUGAAGCCACAAAUGAAUUGCAUGACCUUCAACGACAGUAUCAAGUUGUUCUGCAAACAACAACAGAAGAGAGAAGGAAAGCUGGUGAUAACUUGCAUCGUCUUUUAGAAGUGAUUGCUAGUCAUGUACUAUCCACAGAGAAAUAUCUUGAAGAACAGAAUGUGAAAAUUGAGAAAGACUAUAAGGAAUUCAUGUCUGAAGAUCUAUUGUCAACCUUGUCGGGAAUUCUAGACAAUUAUAAAAAGAAGGCUGAAAGUCUGUAAUUGCCAAAAAGGUGAAGAUGAAAAUUUCUGAAGCUCUGGUAUGGUGCCUUCUAAAAGGAUGGGUUCUUCUUGUGUUCAGCAGCGAAACUGGUUUUAAGUGUAAAGAAAUGUUUUUAUGAACUUUGUUUUAUGGACACAAAUACAUUAAAAAAUUGACCAAUAUAUUUGCAUUUUCUUAGAAAAAGCUUUGCUUACACUUCCUCCUAGCUAUAUAUUAAACAUGAUUACAAACAUCUGUUACAAGACAACUGUGGAACAACUAAAUUUCGUUUUUCUCUAUAAUAAAAUCAUUUCUCUUCUGGGGACAUUAGUAAGACAAGAGUACAGUUCACUUGUUACAGUAACAAGUCAGAGUGGACUUAAAGAUGGAACUGCAAGUGACAGCACAAAUGCAGAGGGUAGUGACAACUUGAAAUACUGCAACAUAAAAAUAACUCCUGUUUUUUGUAAAUGUGUAAGACUCCUAACUGAGAAAAGUUAUGCUUUCCCUUCUUAGAGUAUAGCUUGUGCAUUUCCUAAUACACAUAUAUAGUUAGCACAUACGCAUGACUGCAUAUCCAUCCCCAAGCCUUUCUUUUAGCAGCAAGAUCAAAUGUAAGCGUAUUUCGGUCUCCAUCUUGUUCAGUUAUCUAUGAAACUGCCCAGAGACGCCUCUUACGUAAGAUUUCUCUUUUUUUUUUUUUUUUUUUUUUUUUAACCAAAACCUCUUUGAAAAGAUCAGUAGUUACACUGUAGUCUUGUAAAUAGUCUAGAGAAAGAUAGUCAGUUUGAAAACAAAGCUCUGUCUCUAACUGCUCAUAGUCCCAGAUGAAACCUCACUGUACUACUUGAAUGCAUAAACCAGAGAUAACUUUAAGUAGGGCAACGUGAAUUCUGGCAAUAUAGCUAGUCAGUUGUAGAUUUAGCUAAUGUUCGAUACAUCAAAAUGGUCCAAAAUGAGUCUGCAUUCUUAGAUAGACCAGUAGGCCAGGUUCUGUUUUCUUUUUCUUCCUCAGGAAUGUAGCAGUAAAAUUAGUGCAUGGGGAACUUCAAUCCAAAUACAUUGAAGAAAAUGUAACCCAUCUCUUGAACAUGUUCUUCCUUGUUCAAUGCUAUGUGGAAGUAGUAUCUUAUCGUACUCUGUAUAUACCUUUGUGUUGGGGGGCAUGGGGGGAGAGAAGAAAAAAGUAAUAAAAAUUCAGCAUUUAUGUCUUGGUUAGUUUAGUUUAUGACACCAUUUUCUAAUAAAAGUAUUCAAGUAUUUCAGUGCUUUUAAGUGAUAAAUAUCACUGAUUCAAAAAAAAUAACAACUUUGCAGUCUGAACAAAAGCGUUUUAGCUGCCAAUAGCUAAAUGAAGUUGUUCCUUAGUUCUAUAAUUAGAUAAAAUAUUUGAAUGAAACAUGGAUCCCUAGGAUAUACAGCAAAACUUAACCUGGACCAAAACUUCAUCUGAACACAGUCUGCAAAUCGAAACCAAAUUGCCUUUAGUUCUAGGCUAUUUUUGCAAAGGAUAUAUAAAACUCUUUAACAUAGUGUGUGAAUCUUCUGGCUCUGGUGUAAGUAUUUUGUUUCAUAUAUUAUGAUAAUGAUGGCAUUAUUUAAGCUUCUAACUUUCUGUUCUUUUAUUGUACUGCAGACACUUAAUUUGACAGCUAUAAGAGUUUUCUGCCAGGUGGGUAGUAUUUCUGCUUCCUUUUGUGAUCCUCUUUCAUUACACCUUUACAAACUUUUUUUUCUGUAACAGUCUAGUCCUUAUCAAAUCUCGGUUCCUUCUCUUUAGAAGCUUUCUAAAGCAAUAUUCUUCUAAUUAAGGGAAACUGUGAGCCACUCAGAAAAAUCACGUUCCUUUAAAAUAUGUGUUUAUUUAGGGACUAUUGAUAGCUGUUUGUCUCUGCUUCUGUAACUGACUGUUCUUCUGUUUAUUAGUAUCCACAGGUUCUUUGCCAUGUGAAGUAGUCAGUAGACUGAGUAAAUGAAAGCAAAAUAAAUGUUAUUUCUAAGGACUAACACUAACCCAAUGGUAAUGGGUUAAAAAGAAUCAAGGUCAUGACAACUCUAUCAUGUACUGGCAAAUGUAAUAUUCUGAAAUUAGCCUUCAGUAAUAAAAAGUCCACAUUUGUAAUGUUGGCAACAUGUUUUUGUUAUUGGGCUGUACUGAUCUGUGUGUCAGUUAAACUGAGUUGACUCUAGAACCAGCUCAGGCUUUGACCAAGAUUCUGUAAAAUACUGUGGGGAUUUUUAUCUCGUAGUACAACACAGAUUAACAUCAGCCAGUGUGUACUAGGUGAUGCCUCUUCACAUUUUAGAAUGGAGGGAAUUUUUCAAUGCUGCUUGAACAUGACUCCUGUGUGAUAUUUGAAGUCAGGUCAUCAGUUAUUUUUUAUUUGUAUUCUGGAAUAUGGCUUUUAAGUUUAGACAAUAGACAGUAAAACAUAAUUACUGCUCUGGAUUUUGGUUGUUUUGUUUCCUUUUUUUUUUGUUACCAGAAUGUACCACUGGCAGCUGCUACAUCUCAGUAGCAUGAGUUAUUUGUAAUUGUUUUUGGCUUUUGUGUGGAUACAGUUCCCUCACUUGUUGCUAGUGUAUCUUUUUUACAGUUUACUUAAUAUGCCUUAAGUUUAUGUAUAUUUACACUCAAUAAAAUUUCUUAAACUUC